AUGGAUUACAUCAAGGGCGAAUUUUCGCGCCUCAAAAGCGACGUGCGCCAGUUUUUCAGGCGCCCGCGCGAGAACAUCGAGCAGCUGCUUGCCACAGCCUGCGUGCUGUUCACCGCCCUUAUGCUUUGGAAGACGGCAAACCUCUAUACAGGUACCGACUCCCCCGUGGUGGUGGUGCUCAGCGGAAGCAUGGAACCUGCGUUUUACCGAGGCGAUAUUCUUUUCCUCAUGAAGCAUGAGAAGGUUUCAGCGGGCGAUAUCGUAGUUUUUAAGGUGAAUGGAAGAGACAUACCAAUUGUGCACCGAACGUUAAGUUUGCACGCAAACAGCAAUGAAGUGAACGUGCUGACCAAGGGAGACAACAACGACGUGGCAGACCGUGGGCUUUAUUCGCGAGGGCAGAAGUGGUUGGACGGCAAGCAACUGGUUGGAACCGUUCUGAUGCGGAUACCCAAGUUCGGGAUCCUCACAAUCAUUCUAAACGAGAAUCCCGUUUUCAAAUGGGCACUUAUAUCAAUACUCAUAUAUCUGGUACUGAGCGGCAAGGGAUGA